AUGACCCCCGCAUUUGGCUUUGGUGUUGGCGACUUUGUAGCGGUUGCGACCUUGGUCUGGCAGAUUUCACAAGCUCUCAGCGAUGCAUCAGAGGACUCAAAAUUAUAUCGCGAGUUGCGACUCGAGUUAGCUGCCUUCCAAGCGGUUUUUGUUCAUUUUCAACAAGCGGUGGUGCAUGACACAGCGCUUCCCCCAGAUCAGGUUAAUCAAACAAGGGAAGUGCUCGCUCAAAUUGAGCGACUUACAAACGACUUUAACAACCACAUGGAGAAAUUCAAGGUCCUUUCAAACCCGGCCAAAGAUAAGAUAAAGAGAUCCAUAACCUUGAAGAGACGAAUUUCAUGGACUUUGUAUGGGAAAAAGCCGAUCCAACAGUUUAGGGAGGCUAUGCGAGGCUAUUCAGCAGUUUUAACGCUGAUCAUGCAUACAAUUAACAGUUCCAUUUUGACUUCGGUACUUUUGUGCCACAUUCUAAUAUUUAUCCCAAAUGGCAGUCAAGCCAUGCAGAGCCUCCACCAAGAGAUGCAGAACGGCACAAAACAACUCAAGUUGCACGUGGACAACACAUUUCAGGAGCCUUGGGAUCAAAAGCCAAUUCGAUUUCAAGAUGCAAUUGGGAGACGAUACCCUGUGCCUCUGGAAAUUUGCGGAACAUUUGAGGUAGCGUUUGAGUCAUUUCUUUAUUCCAGUGAACUAUCUACAUACUUUAGCCAUGGAUUUUUGGAUUUUCUAAAGCAUGCAUUCAAGGAUGAUCCAGUCUCGAAGGCCGUGGGGGAGCAAUCUAUAUGGCUUUUUAGCCCCGUUGUGGGUGAAACAAAGGCGUGGGUCUUGAUCACGACCGACGAUUGGACUUCAAGCCUCUAUCCUGGAAUGCACCUUAGCAUGUCGGUAUUUAAUGGAAGUCGGACAGGUAAAGGGCUUAUCUCAGACACGCUUCUUGAUACACUUGGUGAAACUGAGGUGAGGCUCCAGACUCCAUUACCUCUAUGGGCGUCAGCGACAUUUCCUGAGAAUGCGGUAUUCAAACUUCGGUACGACAAAACUCAGAACUCCUCGUUAUCAUAUCCAUGUCCAAACGAUAUUGGGUGCGGAAAGCGCUUUGAAAGCCAGGAAGAAUUCCUUGAGCAUCUGAAGCCCGAAAUCUUCGAUCUUGAAUCAUUUGAAUCCUUUCGGGGACCAAGCUCGCAGUUCGACUUACACAUGACAUAUUGUCUCUUUUGCGACAUAUCAAUCUUGAGAUCUUCCCAAAUGGCAUUUGAAAGGGGAAUUGCACUACAACAAACCUUGACCAGUUCUAGUCGCGGUUUAACCCCGUGCGUCGCAGAAAUGAUGCAUAGAGAAGACCUUGGAGAUGAACCUUCGUGUCACGGCUGCUACAAGUACUUCAAGGUCGGGGACUACAAAAGCGGGUCAGUAUUAUCUCCAGAUGGCUAUUACAUGCAGCAGCAGCCAAUGGUCUGA